UAUCGUUCUACCAUCGUUAAGCUGUGUUGAUUUUGACCUAAAAGUUCGUGUGUGUAUGUUUUUCCUUCGAAUUUUGAGAGUGAUUUUGCCAUUUACACAAAUUGCAAGUAGCCCAUGUUUGUGUUUACCUUUUCUCCCAUGUUUUUGUUUUCUUGUUCGAUUUUAUGUGUAAUUUGUGAAGUCUCAACUAAAGAAUUUACGGCUACUCGUUGUACAGUUAGGGUGGAGGUGGAAAACGGAGCUGGAGAUGAUUCUUAACGGCUGCUUUGUGAAUUCUAGGGUUCCCAAUUUGGUCGUUCAUGACAGACGACCAUGUGGCUUCAGGUCUCAAAGCUCGACAAUUGCAAAAUUCCCUCAUUCGGACAAGAAGAUUGUGUCUUCGAUUGAUAGAAACUUCUUGGGACCGUUUCACAAAAAUGGGUCUGCAUCUUUGGGCAUUUGCACACCGCUGUUCCAAAAAUUACCAAAACGCCCCCGCCCCCCAAGGGCAUCCUCGGACGUCAAACGGGGUUGGCGGUUCCCACCCAUGACCAAAACACCGAGCUGGUAUUGGCGAACCUUGGCUGCAGUCCCCUACCUAUUACCCUUGCAUGAGACGUGGAUGUUCGGACAAACAGCCUAUUACCUUGCCCCCUUUUUGGAGGAAUUGGAGUACGCAUGCUACCCUUUUUUGAGCUCACUCGGGAGGCUGCCCAGCUGGUUCUUGCUUGCCUACUUCUUCGCGGCUUACCUUUAUAUUGUGAGGAAAAAAAUGUGGCCACAUUUCUUGAGGUUCCAUGUGGUGAAUGCGAUGCUGCUCGAGAUUGGACUGCAGACCUUAGGGCUCGUGAGCAGGUGGAUGCCGACUGGGUUGUAUAGGGGAAAGCUCGGGAUGCAUUUCUGGGCGGGGGUUUCGAUGGCGUUCUUCUUCACGGUUUUGGAGUGCAUAAGGUGCUGUUUGGCUGGGAUGUAUGCGGAUAUACCAGUUGUGUGUGAUGCUGCUUACAUUCAGGUCCGUAUUGAGUAGUAAGGGUUUUUUUUAGGGAGUUUGUGGUGUUAUUGGUUUUUAUGUGUAUGUGUGUGUUUGCUUUAAGGACUUGAUGGUGUGUGUGUUGUGGUCGGUUGCUUUUGGUCUUGGAAAUUGGUGACUUUUUAUGUUAGGUAUUUUGUAGUACUUGUGAUGAAGGGGUUGAUUCUUGUGGACUGAGUGUUGGGCUUUUUUUUUUAUCAUCACAUUCUUGCUAUUUUUCAUGUCCUUAAAGUUUGAUCCUAUUGGGCAAAUUUUAUUCUACUGACUUCAAUUAGAUUUUAACCUCUGUAGAUUUUCAACUACAUUCACUGGAUUUUUAACCUCUGGAUCUUUAACUUUG